GCGGCUGAAACCUCUCGAACGCACACCGGAUGCGCCGUGCCGCCAGACUGUCGCCAUUACUAAGAGGCAAGUGUCGCCCUCUACACCCGAAGCUGGCGCCGCGAAGGCUUCUUUAAUCCCGUGAAGAAACACAAGAAGGGGCAAGAAGGGAGGAGGCAGCACGCAAUUAGCCAGCGCUCGCACUCUACGCUUCUCAAUUGACCCGAUCGAGGAGGAGUCGCCAAGCAGGCCGAGCGAAGGGGCAGGCAGCCAUGGCCACCGCCAACCUGUCCAGCGUGGUGGUGGCGGUUGACGGCAGCGAGGAGAGCAUGAAGGCGCUGCGCUGGGCGCUCGACAGCCUGCGCCUCCGCCCCGACGGCGCGCUCGUCGUGCUCCACGUCCAGCCGCCGCCCGGCAUCGCCGCCGGGCUCAACCCCGGCCCCAUCCCCUUCGGCGGCCCCAGUGUGGCGGAGGUGCCGGCGUUCACGCAGGCCAUCGAGUCGCACCAGCGGCGGAUCACGGAGGCGAUCCUGGAGCACGCGCUCAAGAUUUGCUCCGACAAGAAUGUGGAGGUGAAGACGCAGGUGGUGGUGGGGGAUCCCAAGGAGAAGAUCUGCGAGGUGGCGGCCGAACUCAAGGCCGAUCUGCUCGUCAUGGGUUGCCGUGCUUUUGGCCCUGUCAAGAGGAUGUUCUUGGGUAGUGUGAGCAACUACUGCAUCAACAGCGUCGGCUGCCCCGUCGUCGUGAUCAAGGGCACCUAACCCAUCCUCCACCCAACAAACAUUCGUUAUUGCGUUCCACGCCAUGUUUUUUGAGGUUGCUACUGUGUUGUGUGUACUCCUGUGCAAAGCCACUGCAUGCUUCCAAGACUAUGCAUGGCUUAUGUUAUCAUUCAUGUUGUUUGUUAGUGCUUGGUUGGAUGAGGCCGAAGAACUGCUCUGUACAUUCUGUGCAUGGAAAUUGGCUGUGGGUCUCUGGAAAUAAGUCUGCACAUUGCUUUGUACAUUAAAUAAUUAUUGUACUAUCAGCUGAAACACGGUGCCAUGGGGCACAUGGUUUUGUACAAAAA